AUGGAAAUCCAACGCUUCCUAACUCGAUGUUGACCCAAACGUCGAGCCACGCAGAUACGCGAAAACCGAAAUACUUUCAAUCGUUCGGGCGUUUCUGAAAGGGGAGAUGGAUUCGUGAUCAGAUGGAUGCUUCUACCUCUAGAGCAUGUCUAUAUUGAGUCCUCGUUGUUGUGCUCGUGUGUUAGUAAAGCGUUUUCUUCACAGUUUCAGUUUCUCUUUUUGUAAAAACACACAUUUGACGAGUGACGUUAGUCGUUCGUUCGGUAUCGGUCUUCGAAGUUUUUAUGUUCUUGUCGAAAGUCGGAGCAUCUUCAUGAUUCGGUGAAGUUCGGUCGCGUAGAAUUAUAAAGACCACAACAUCGAACUAGGUACACAUUGUCGCGUGUCCCCGUUAUUCAAGAUAGAGUGAGGAACGAACAAGAAAAAAUUGAAGAAUGCCAAAAAUCACUACCCUUCUUGCUGUACACUUCGGUGUAGGAGCAGGUUCUUGCUUCAUCAUAAACGCAAAUUGCGUUCCCAGCAGUUUUAUUGAGAAUGAAGUUAUAUAAUAUGUAUAAUUUGCACCUGAAGAUUAUGAUUAUAGAUUGCUUGAAAGUAAUGAUGAUUGGCGACUGAAAUACAUAAGGCUAUAUUAACGUUGCUGCAUCAUAGUUACGAGUUUUUGUUCUGUCAUCGGCACCAUGCUUCGCGCGUGUCAGUUUUUGUUUGUCUCCUCAUGGAGCAAUCCUACGUUUGGACAGCACGACGAUGAAGAAGGCGAUGAAGGGGCAUUGGAGGACGAUGCACUCGCUGAAAAUAAAGCGGAAGAUGGACGACGAGAAAGAGAUGAUCAAGAUGCUGAAUUUCGGCCAAAUAAAGGAAAGACGCACUCACAAUUAGCAAAGGCAACAUCUCCAGCACCACAGCGAGCCACCACAUAUCCGGUAUUUCAUGUGUGUGGCGGCCUUGGUUGUGCUACUAGUUGGGCAUGGAGCGCAUCGGGACUUUACGAGAUUGCUCGGGACAGCCGGUUGUUACUUUCAGCGCACCCUGGUAUAGCCGUGGCAGCACUCCUCUCCACUGCCCUGGCGGUGCGGGGCGCCGCUGUUCUUGACGAGUUCUUGUUUCCCCAAAUAGAGGAAGAAGUGGGUACUUCUUCAUCGAGGAACCAAAAAAUACUGGCGAACAAUGAUUCAACACAAGUAGAAGAAGGAGUUUUGGCAGAUGCACCGAACAAGGAGACGACAUCGUCGACCAGCGAGACUUCGAGGAGCCAAAAGUCUGCCGCACUGGGGUCACCGAAAAAAGGGGAAGUUGAAGAAAAACACAGAAACAAGGCUGCACAGCACACAUCUGUUAAAAUCGAUUACAUGCGGCACAUGUUGGAUAGGUUUGACGAACGCGAGUACGCCUUUCUGUUCUACCUACUUGCAGCAUCUCUGCCAGCGUCCUGGUAUGCUGCAGCUUUCGCGAGCAGCAGCUGCUUGCUACCAGUGGGCCAAAACUUUGUGAUUCCAUUCCAACUAGUCUUACCUGGGAUCCUAGGCAGUGCGGCCAUGUUCGAAAAAUGGCAUAAAGCCAUUCUCUUCGGGCAGCAGCACCGGGAGAGCCUUGUCAGCAUGAAGCAUCCAAAUGUGAAGGCGAAAAUCGAAACGACACAGCGAACGCCGUUAAUACAACAGCUCGGUCGAGAAUUCGCUGCACCCACCAGUAUUGAAGAGCGCACGGCAGUCUCGCCUUCGUCUUCCAACGAUGACAGCUGUCAUGCAGAUUCUAGCAAGAUGCUGAAUCGGCAAGAACUGCUGUCCGUAUCGACGACGGUCUGUGCGACCUCGACACAGGCGUCAAGUCCAGACGACUCGCAGGUUAGUUUGGAAGAAAAUUCUCGUUCUCGAUCAGGUGACCUACUUCAACAUGAGGAGCAGGAGGACAGAGAUGAGGGGACUUCUGGCCCGGGGGUGAAACCGACUGCGGAAGUACUGGUGGUCGCAGAAAGUGCUUCGUCCUGGACCAUGAAAGGACAAAGCCAGGGAAACAGCGAGGAGUUGCAGUCCCAAGACGUUUGGGAAACGCUGCGAUGGGGGAAGAGGUACUGAUUAUACAGGAGUUCGACGUUGUCCAGAGAAGUCUAAAUGGUGUAACAUAUUCAUAUAAUGGAUUAUCUAUUUUUUAAUGUCAAGAACAUGAAUAUGAAAGCGUGUCUAAGGGACUUAUUAUUAUUUUAACUAGAUAGUUUAUUCUAACCUGCUCAUCUCUCCAAUCAAUAACUUGUAGGACAAUCAUCUUUCAACACCACCUACAGGGAAAGAAGAAACGAAAAAAAAAAGUUCCUCUAGUGUAGUUUUCUACACACACGAUGCAGAGCAGAAGCUGAUAGUUCUGAGUUUUAGGCUCAGACUGUUUUUUGUUUACUGUAAAUAGAAUAUUUUGGUCUUCCUCGGUCUAUCUCGUUAUGAAGUUCAAAUUGGUCAACCUUCAGCCACAUCGUGUCGUAUUUCUCCGAUGCACCCGGGGCCGCGCAGUUUCUCGCGCUACAGGCUUGCUCUAUGGGAUUCAGCCUCUUUGUGGACUACAGUAUGACGCAGUGGCGCGGUGCCUUCUUUGACACUUUCCAGACUAAGAACGUGAAGAAAUUCAAGGUUUUGCUUCAAUCGUUUGGCGUGAUAGCGACGACAAAUGUUGUCGCAAACGCGUACGCCGACUACAUGACUUCGCUGUGGGACCUUCAUUCUCGCGAAUUCCUAACGCAUCGAUUCACCGAGAGAGCGUGGUUCCGGAAUGCCGCGUUCUACAAAAUGAAAGUAGAGGCACCCGAGCUAGGAAACUGCGAUCAGCGGAUCCACGAAGACGUCCAGGCAUUUGUCAGUGGAAGUCGGGGGCUCACACUCGGCUUUGCGGAUGCUGUCAUGCGUCUUUGCUUCUUCUUCCCGCAACUCGUGUACCAUUCUCCAUCGGGCCUGUGGGAGCUCUGCCUCGUGAUGUCCGUUGGUACAACAAGGAUGUUUGCUGAACUCUGAUUUCUGCAGCUUCUUUUUGCAAGAACAAUCAUCAAAGAUCAAGUUUUUGAUUUUAGAAAGCCGUAUGGAUCCCGAUCCAUAACAUCCUAAUGCAUAGAUUCCAAUCAAACCAUCAUGACAGUUUCCUCGGUCCUGACGCAUCAGCUUGGGCAGGAUUUGGUGCCUGCGAAUAUGGCGAUCCAAGAUGCUGAAGCUGGCUUUCGGAAUGGGCUGAUUUCUGUCCGCGAUCGUGCUGAAGCUCUUGCCCUUUCCGGAUCCGGGGACGGCGGUCUUUUGCGGCGGCGCUUCGACGAGAUCAAGAUUGCACUGUGGAAUUCGAUGCAGAUUGGAUUUCGCUUGCAGGCGUUUACUGCUGGCUACGGUCUUUGCGCAGGAAUAUUGCCGUUCUUGCUGCUCGCGCCUUCCUUCUUCAGUGGUAGCAUCACCAUGGGAGCAAUGUUCCAGCUGGAGAGCAUCCUGGGACAGGUGCAAGGCUCUCUAGACUUCUUCAUGAGUACAUACGGCGACUUCGCGAGCUGGCGCGUCACAACGGACCGACUCAUUGCACUCGACAAGUUUGCUGACGCAGCGAGUGCGAGACCCAAGCUAAUGAUUGAGGACGCUGAGCGGAUGCGGAACGCGUGCUCGCCGUCGGCAUCAUCCAGAUUUGAAGAUGCUUGUCAACGGAUUAAUAAGAGACAAGAGAAACAUUGCGGCUUCGAUAUUUUCUUUCAUACAAUUCGAUUCAGACCAGAUUCUGCAACGUCGACUGGAGGUGCAGUCGCGAAUUCGGAUGGUGCCAAAGCCGGCCCGAUUCCCCAACCAUUGGCAGAAGAAGAAGUUUUCAAUGAUAGUAGGGUACGAGACCCCACGACGCGAGAAACAAUAGAAGCGCUUCUCGACAGCUGCAUUCGAAGUGUCGCCCGCACAGUGAUACAACUCGAAGAACGACCUUCUUUAUACGCGCCAGACGGAGCCACUAGCUCUGCCAUAAAGUGGCAUCGACUAGAUCUAGCCGAACACUUCUACUCUUCUCGUAGUCGCAUCGAUCACGGUCAUUACGGUAUUAAUUACUCGGUGCCAAUGACAGGAACUUCACCUGCGUCCUCUUUCUCGUCAAGACCUGGCGAGUGUUUCGAAGAUAGAACUCUGCAACGCGAGGACAGAGCAUCAAAGAGACAAUUAUCAGAGUCAGCAGGCACAUGUCUCAAAAACUUGCACUUUUCUCUACAACCGAGCCAGAGGCUACUCGUUUCGGGAGAUGCAGCGCAAGGGAAGAGCGUGCUUGUUCGAUGUUUGGCGCGUGUGUGGCCAGAGAGGCUGAUAACGGCUGACUUUACGUGUCGUCCUGAAAGUGUGCAUUUCGUUUCCGAGACUUCUUGUGUGGCAGCGCUCAUGGGUGAGAACCAUCUCACACUGUUUGAAGCUCUCACUUUGGGGAUCCGAAUCGCACCAAAUGAAACCCAUGAACAGGAGACGUCAUAUCCAUCGCCUCGCAUAAGUAGAAGUAUUCACGAGACCGCUCCUCCAGGAUUCCAGAACAACCUCCUUACUUCUGCGUCAAUUCCUUUUGCUCCGACAAUAACGCUGCGGGCACAAGUAGAAGGACCAGAACACAGAGAUGAGGGAAAUCAGGUUGAAAGUGAUCCUGCGACAAAAAAUUUGCGGAGAAGUCAUCCUACAUCCGCCGCUCUGGAGCAAUUAUGCACUGCCGCACUGAGCGAUGCCGGACUGACAGAUUGUAUUUGUCUGUUGCACGAGCGGAGCCACGAAGGUGGAUCUCGUCACCUUACCGGAGAAGUACGCGCUCGCCUUGUUUUCGCACAGCUUUUUGUGAUGCUCGAAUUUCGACAGUAUCUGUUGGUUGACGAUUUCUCGGCAAAGUUGGGUCUACCGGAAGCCGCGACGCAGCAGCUGCUACAAAAACUUGCGGACAAACUCAGCAAGGAGCAUGCAUUGGCGCUGUUUGUACGACGUGGGCAGCAUAUAGAAGACAUACUCUGCUUUUGA